ACAGCUCUUUUAAAGAAAACAGCUUUACAAUUUUUAUACUAAAUAAAAUGGCGGAGAAAAUUUACCACAAUGGGGGUUGUGUGGUUGCUAUGCGUGGUAAAGACUGUGUGGCCAUUGCCACAGACCAUCGCUUUGGUGUUUUGUCCCAAACAUUGUCUACAGAUUUUAAGAAAGUUUAUACUGUCGCACCACGCUUACUGCUUGGAUUGGUUGGACUGCAGAGUGACAUUCUAACGGUUCUGGAUCGUAUUACACUGCGCAAGAAUCUUUAUGAGAUGGAAAACCACGAGGUUUCAGCAAAGAGUUUUACGUCUUUGCUUUCAACAUUUCUAUACGAGCAUCGUUUUGGACCCUACUAUGUUGAACCGGUGAUUGCCGGCUUGAACUCGCACACACUGGAACCAUUUCUAUGCACAAUGGAUCUAUACGGCUGUCCGACUAAAGUGGAUGACUUUGUGGCAGCUGGCUCCUGUGCUUGUCAAUUGAUGGGUAUGGGUGAGACAUUGUGGCGCCCUAAUCUUCAGCCAGAUCAGCUGUUUGAAGUCAUUGCGCAGACUAUAUUAAAUGCCUUCGAUCGUGACGCACUCUGUGGCUGGGGUGCCACGGUUUAUGUUGUGGAAUUUGAUAAGAUAACAAAGCGUACGUUAAAGACACGCAAGGAUUAGGAAAUGUGCUCACUCUGAUUCAGUAAUAAUAAUCUUCAA